AUGCUAUUUCUUUUAGCACUACUCCCUCUUAUAUCAGCAACAAAUUUUCUCGACCAUUCAAGCGGAAAACAAUCAUUUUGGGAUUCUUUUGAAGAUAAUUAAAUAUGGCGUCUUAGCUUAGGCAUGGCCGGGAGGCCAUGCAAUCUUGAGCACAUAGUUAAUUUAAUCCAGCAAGGUUUUAACAAAAUUGGAAAUAGGCAGCUAUGCUAGGUAAGCAAUUUCUGUGGCGCAGGGAGCCUAGCCCUGGCCCAUUUUCCGACUUGGGUUUUACCUCGAGGGAAAAGGAGGCUUGGAAGUUGGAAAAAGAUUGCUCAGCAUGAUCCUUUGGACCCAAAAGGCACUUUCCCAACUCAAACCAAGGGUUAUGGCCUGGGCUACAAGUUUUCUUUUUGCCGAAAGUCGCCAGAAAAUCUAUUUUUUUGGAUUUUCCUGCAGGCAACCUCUUCACUGCAGCCUGGAGGAAGACCCCGGGAAUCUGUAGUCUGCCCACUCAAAAUUGUAGCUACCGCGUUGUAGCAAGGAGGAGGUGACGGCCAGGCAACCCACCUUUCCGGCGAUCGGAAGUAGACGUUACCGCAAAGCGGAUGAAUCCCCUGGUGGGAUCCUCAGUAAACGAGUUAACAAAUUGGCCUCUAGCCACCUAAUUAAGUAAGUAAGGGAUUCUUUUGGAGACUGACUAUUACAAUAUCCUAUGAUCGGCUCAUUUUCAUCAAUUUUUAUUUUAUUUUUGUUUUUUGCUCUCUAUAUUCACUGCAGAAAGCGAUUACAAGAGAAUAGCGGAGUAAGGACACUUAUAAAAUCGAGGAGACUAAAUUCAAAAGAGACUAAGCCUUUUAAAUUAUAA